UCAAAAACCCAGCGUUCCCACUGCAGUGCACUUCGAACGGAUUGUGGUCAGGGUUUUUUUUAUAUCCUUGACGUGGUUUUACCUUGGAUCUGUAUCGUUGGAAUAUACAUUACGCACUAACUAGAAGCUGGAUUCAACAGACUAGGAAAUGCCUCGCCUGUUUCAACUGCUGCACUGACCGCCAGGUGCCGUGCAUCUCCCCACCCGUCGGCCGGUUGUGCCAGAGGAAACGGAACGUAAACGCAGGGGAGGGAAGUUGAAGGGGAAACGACCCGUGCCACUCUCCUCUCUUCGGAGCCACCCCUAGCGCAUGGAGUCCCGCGUGCCCCAGCACAUCCCCGGGGUCUCCUCCUCCUCCACCACCUCCUCAUCCUCCUCCUCAUCCUCCUCCUCCAUCAUGGUCCAGCCCCUGCUGGACAGCCGCGUGCCCUACGGCCGGCUCCAGCACCCGCUCACCAUCUACCCCAUCGACCAGAUGAAGUCCUCGCACGUGGAGAACGACUACAUCGACAGCCCCGCCGCCGUGUGCCAGCAGCCCCAGCUCCUCAGCCACAACCACCACAGCCAGCACCACCACCACCCUCCGCUGCCCAAGCACCACCUGCCUACCGCAGCCUCCACCGGCAGCACCACCACCACCACCGGCACCGGCCAACACCACCACCAUAACAACCACAAUCACAACCACCACCACAGCCAUAACCACCACCAUCUCCACCACCACCACCACCACCACCACCAGCAGCAGCCCACGCACACACAGGACUCCACCCACCCGUGGAUCAGCUUCAGCGGGCGGCCCAGCUCCAUCAGCUCCAGCAGCAGCACUUCCUCCGACCAGCGCCUGCUGGACCACGCCGCCCCCACCCCGGUGCAAGACACGCUGGCCUCCCACACCUCCAUCAUCACCACCACCUCCUCCUCCUCCUCCUCCUCCACCACCACCACCACCUCCUCCACCACCUUGUCAUCGUCCUUGCCCCUCGCGCCACUUUCCCUGGGCCAAGCCCCCCCAACUAGUAUCAACACCGUAGGAGGAGGAGGUGUACAGACGAAGCUUUUGCAGCUGGGCUCCUCCAAGCCCGCCGGGGGCACGGACUUGAAGGGGGUGCUAGACGUACGCGACGGCUCCCUGCUCCCGGGUGAUGCCGCCGCCAAGCACCUGCUGCUGUGCGAGCGCUGCGGCAAGUGCCGCUGCACCGAGUGCACACUGCCCCGUGCGCUGCCCUCCUGCUGGGUGUGCCACCAGGCCUGCCUGUGCUCGGCCCAGAGCCUGGUGGACGCGGCCACCUGCAUGUGCCUGGUGAAGGGCGUCUUCUACCACUGCGCCGAGGACGAGGACGGCGAGGAGGGCUCGUGCGCCGACCGGCCGUGCUCCUGCGGGCCCUCGCACCGCUGCGCCCGCUGGUCCUUCAUGGCCGUGCUGUCGCUGGCGCUGCCCUGCCUGCUCUGCUACCUGCCCGCCGUGGGCUGCGCCAAGCUCUCGCAGAAGUGCUACGAUGGCGCCCGCAGGCCUGGGUGCCGCUGCAAGGCGCCCUCCAAGGUGCCCGUCGUUACCACGGCGGUGUCCUCCAAGGCCGCCGGCAUGCCGGCUGGGAUUGGGAUUCUGGGGAAGCCCGCCUCUGGGGGCAUCAUCAUAGGAGGAUUGGACAAGCAGGCGGCAUCGUGAUGCUCGGCAAUGCCCAGCCAAGCCCGGCCCGGCCCGGCCAAGGCGAUGCCAACUGCUGUGUGUGCUGCAUUGCAUGCCCAGCCCAGCCUUCCCUGCUGUGGUGUUAGGGGGAACGGUUCUUUCUUUUCUUUGUGUUUGAGACGUGUAUGGAUGAUGGACUGAUGUGUGAUGGGACAUUACAUCGAUGGGCUACGCCGUUGAGAAUCAUCAUCAGUGGAAUACCGGUCCACUAUUCUAUCCUAUCUCCCUCCUCAUCCUCUCCUUCUUCCUCCACUCUCCUGACUCACUGACCCUCUCGCUCUGCCUGCACCUCCUGUUCUCCACGUCCAGGCAUCCAUCCUACCCUUCUUCGAGACUGUGGAGUUCCUCCAACUCGUGGUACUUAUUACUCACAAGGGGUUCGGACUGGAUGCCACUCGUACGUAGUGUCAUAAUGGGACAUCAUCUCGACUGACCAGUUAGCACCACUGCAGAAAUUAGCCUGGCAAAACAAAACAAAACAAAACAAAAGACAAAAAGAAAACAACUCACACGGAGACACACACAACUAAACGCUUACUUACUUUACAGGACUGUCUGUUCACACGUGGAAAUGGGAACCGUGAGGACAUUAUUGCUAACGUUUUUUUUUUUAAUGCCAGAAAACUUUAACAGUUUGUGUAUGUUCUGCAUUUUGGCUACCAAUCAAAGUGCUCAGAACGUGUAUCAUUCUAGUGUCAGGUAUAGUAGUCAAAUUGCUUUUUGUUUUUUUAACAAAAAAUCUUCAAACGUAUGUUCUUUUUCAUCUGGAAGAGAAAAAAACUAGUAUUGCCCACACUAGUAGUAAAAGAAAUACAGUCUAUGAAAUGUAUCAUUUGGUAUAGCUAAUGAAAGCAGUUAAUCUGUAGUGUAUGACAUUCACAGUAAGUUACCGUCAAAACUCUUGCCACCACACAGCAUGCUCUUCUUUUCACAGCAAGCAUGUUGUAAAGCUUGCAAAAAAAAAAUGCUUCGACGAAAACAUCUUAUGCAAGCGCGCAGAUAUUCUGGUCUUGUUCACACACCAUAGCCUUCAGGCAGGCGGUAGUCAAAGGCCAUGCCGUACUAAGUCAAGGGUACAGUCCCUUAAAUAGGAGACUCUGUGUUGAGCAAAUUUUUUGAGGUUUUUUUGUUCUUGUUUUUUUUUUUGUAUAACAUUUAACUCAGCUACAAUUCACACAUACGUACACGUCAUCUGAAAAUGUGCUAAGUCAUGCCCUGACAUGAACCUUGUUAGUGGUUGAACUCCAGAUAGCCUGAGGUUUUUUGGUUUAGGCAACUCAGAGGUCAUUGUGAGUAGUGGAAACAAGAGAAUGUGUUAGUCGAUUGUGGGCAACUAUUUUUUCGGUCAAUGCAUAGGAACCCUAAACGAGCCCCUUUCUGUAUUCUAGUAUUGCAUAGGGUAGGCUGGGUGGAGUGGGGACAUUUUACGAGCUAAUAAGUGAUUGAGGUCAAACGCUCUGUCCCAGUGAGUUUGAAAAACAGCCCACAACAAUAGAUAAUCCCUCUAGCCUUAUGACAAUAGAAAUCCACCUACCCACUCAAACCAACUUUUUUUUAGCAGGAUAUUGAAAAGAGAAAAAAACCUUACAAUGGACAAAAAGCACAGUAUUAUGGACAAAGGUGGUGAAACGAACCCUUCUCUAAUCUUGAAGCUCCCACAGUCUACCACCCUUAAUAUAUACCAAACAUAAUCUAAUAUUUUUGCUGCUCAGCUGUGUGUGUUUGUGCGUGUGGGUGUGUGUGUGCGUGAGUGCAUAUUUGUGUGUGUAUGUGUGUAUGCGUGUGUCAUUAAAAAAUGUAUCUAUUUUCUUCUAAUGUAUGUUAUUGGCUUGCAUGGAAUUCUGCAGAAUUUGCCAAAGGAGUACACUUCCAAUGUCUUUGUUUUUGGUUUGUUUUUUUGGUUUUUUUUCCCUCAUUGUGCACCAGGUAGUCGGUACGGUACCUUUUAUUU